AGUACAUUCUGUAAAGAAAAAAAAAAAAAAUCAAUAUCAAAGCACUCUAUUAAACUAGUGAGCAAAUUUGGAGGAACUCCUCGGAGCUAAAGCCGUCGUUUGUGUGAUAAUGUAAUGGUGACCAAUGAAGCUGCAAAUCUGACCCUUUAGUGUCUGAGAACAAUGUGUGCUCUGUCUGACAGGAAAAGUGGGACGCUGCUGAAUAUGCAGGAUUUAGCCUGGCCCCGAACGGCCCUCCUCUCCGACGGCUUCGCUCUGCUCUGUGGGCUGCUCUGUGGAAUAUGUCUCGCCUCCUUCCCGGCGUCGGCCUGUCCCACCAGCUGUCACUGCAUAGAGAAGAGUGGUCUGACGGUGGUCCAGUGCAUGUCCCGAAACCUGGACCGGGUCCCACCAGACCUCCCGAGAGAUACCGUGGUUUUACUUUUGGCGUCCAACCACAUCACCCACGUCCCCAACCACGCCUUCAGAGAACUGCACUACCUUCAGGAGUUGGACCUGUCCAACAAUGACAUUGAAACGGUGGACAGCGGGGCGUUCCAGGGGGUUUCCGACAGCCUGCUUAUCCUGGACCUGUCCAACAACCACAUCCAAAGCGUCCCCAAGGAGGCGUUCGCCCACCUUCGAGCCAAAAUUAGCCUGUCGAACAACCCGUGGCAUUGUGAGUGUACGCUGCAAGAGGUCCUGAGAGAACUGCGUCUGGACCCCGAGACGGUGAACGAGGUGGUCUGCCACAGCGCCGUGCAGGAGGAGUACGCAGGAAAACCAGUCAUCCAGGUGCUGGACUCAGGGAUCAACUUCUGCAACUUCCACCAUAAGACCACCGACGUAGCCAUGUUCGUCACCAUGUUCGGAUGGUUCACUAUGGUGAUCGCAUACGUCAUUUACUACGUCAGACACAAUCAGGAGGACGCACGGAGGCACCUGGAGUACCUUAAGUCACUGCCCAGCAGCUCCCACACCAGCAAGGACCUGGACACCAUCAGCACCGUUCUGUAGCAGGGUCCACAUG